AAACAUAUUUUCCUUUUGAGCUAUUGAGAUUUUUGUUCUCUUCCUCAGAGAGGCAUACAAAGACAGAGAGACUCUUCAGAUCUGCAACAAAAUAGAGAAAAAUAGAUAACAACGACAAUCAGGUAUAUAGAGAGAUGGUUCUGAUUUCAGCUUCUCUCCCAUUUCUGCAAUCUCUCAAUCGAGAAUCUGCUUCAAGGUGAGGUUUGGCCUCUGAGAUUCCCGAUUUCCGAAGAAGAAAAGCAGCGAAAACGACGGAUUUCCCUUCAAGAAUCAGAAAUUCGGCAGCGAUUCUGAUGAAUAUGAAGAUUCCUGAAGCCUUUCCUCUUACUCACUGCAAAAGAACGCCAUCGAUAAGGCUUUUUUAUUUUUUCCUGUAUUUUCUGCUGAAUUGAUUGUCUGAGAUUGGGAGAAAUCAAAGUGAGGGUGGAAUCUGGAUUCUACAAAAGACGGAAGUCGGGAAUUUUCAUCAGAUCUCGAGAAGAGCGGAUUUUCCUGUCUAUUUUUCUUGGAUGCAAAUCUCCGAAAACCGGAAGCUUAAAGAAACUGAAAUUUUAUCAUCUGAGCUUUGAAAAACUCUCUCUCUUUUUUCUUUUUCUUUUUGUUCUUUUUUUCUUUUCUUUUUUCUCUGGUGAUUCGGAGAUUGCAUUCUGAAACAGCUUGAGAAGAUAGAAUGCUUGUUACGUGUUUUUUGAAGGAAAGAGCAAAAGAAGUAUUUAAUAUUUUUUUUUUCCUUUGGUGAACAAAAUUAGGGUUACUGACUUCUAGUGAAUCUCUAUGAAAAUGGGGUUUAAAGGAAGUAUUUUGAGUUCAGGACUCGAACGUCCUUUUUUUUUUUUCUUUUCUUUUUUGAGAGAGUGGUAGGGUUAUCUUGGACGGGGUAAGAGUUUUGGUGGUUUUUUUUCUCUCUCCCUCUUUUUCACUCGAUUGAGGAGACUUUAAGGGUAGAUUUGUUUUGUUUUUCUUGUUUGGGGGGAUUUAGAUACGAUUCAGCUGGUAUUCUCUUGGCGAUUCUGCUGGAAUUUUGCUGAUAUUGAAGGAGAUUAUAGAUUAAAAAGGCAUUUUAUUAGGAAUUGCUGUUGAGUAAUGAAGGAGGGGCUAUCUUUACUUUGGAGAGUGUUUUGUUUCUGUUAUCUUCUUGUUCUGACUCGAAAGGAUUGAUGAAGGAGUCUUCUUGUUCUGAGUCGAAAGGAUUGAUGACGGAGGCAGGGAAUUGAAGGAGGUUAGAUAAAGCAUUUUCUCACAAAUAGACCUUAAAAGAGGAAUUUUGAUUUUAUGCUGUGAGGUUUGGUGGGGAUUGUCUUGUUCUGUGAUGAUCACAUUUGGGGAGUCCCCCAAGGAACCCAUGAAAGAGGUGGAAAAAUGCUUGGAUUCUCAGCUAUGGCAUGCCUGCGCUGGUGGAAUGGUUCAGAUGCCGCCAGUGAACUCGAAGGUCUAUUACUUCCCUCAGGGCCAGGCGGAACACGCCCAUGGGAACGUGGAUUUUAGGAAUUGCACAAGGAUUCCGCCUUUUAUCCUCUGCAGGGUUGCAGCGGUGAAAUUCAUGGCUGAUCCUGAAACGGAUGAGGUUUAUGCAAAGAUCCGGUUGGUUCCAGUGAGGAACAACGAGCCAGACUAUAUGGAAGAUGAUGGCGUUCUCAGUGGUAGCAGUGGACCCGAUGUUCCGGAGAAGCCUGCAUCUUUCGCGAAGACCUUGACACAGUCGGAUGCCAACAACGGUGGUGGCUUCUCUGUCCCUCGUUACUGUGCAGAGACGAUCUUCCCCCGCUUGGAUUAUUCUGCAGACCCCCCAGUUCAGACUGUCCUGGCUAAGGAUGUUCACGGCGAGAUUUGGAAAUUCCGGCAUAUUUAUCGUGGGACCCCUCGACGACAUCUCCUGACAACUGGGUGGAGCACUUUUGUGAACCAUAAGAAGCUCAUUGCUGGGGAUUCCAUUGUGUUCUUGAGAACAGAGAAUGGAGAUCUCUGUGUUGGCAUCCGGAGGGCGAAGAGAGGGGUAGGUGGCGGGCCGGAGUCACCAUCAGGAUGGAAUCCAUCGGCUGGAAACUGUGUCUCGCCAUACGGAGGGUUUUCUGUCUUCUUGAGGGAAGAUGAAAGCAAGCUGAUGAGAAACAGUAGUGGUGGGAAUCUUAAUUCCAGUGGAGGCUUGAGGGGUAGGGGCAGAGUGAGGCCUGAAUCCGUUAUUGAAGCAGCGACUCUUGCUGCAAAUGGGAAGCCUUUUGAGGUUGUUUACUACCCCCGGGCCAGUACUCCAGAGUUCUGUGUGAAGGCCGCAGCUAUGAGGGCAGCUAUGAGAAUUCAGUGGUGCUCAGGAAUGAGGUUUAAGAUGGCUUUUGAGACAGAGGAUUCUUCACGGAUCAGCUGGUUUAUGGGUACCAUAUCUUCUGUUCAGGUUGCAGACCCCACCUGUUGGCCUAAUUCACCUUGGAGGCUUCUUCAGGUAACAUGGGAUGAACCGGAUUUGCUACAGAAUGUAAAACGUGUCAGCCCAUGGCUGGUUGAAUUGGUGUCGAACGUGCCAGCUAUCCAUCUGACUCCCUUCUCACCACCAAGGAAAAAGUUGCGGCUCCUCCAGCACCCAGAAUUUCCCUUCGACGGCCAAUUUCCAAUGCCAACAUUUUCCAGCAAUCCCCUUGGGCCCAGCAGCCCCUUGUGUUGUCCAUCAGACAGCACUCCUGCAGGCAUACAGGGAGCCAGGCAUACCCAAUUUGGUAUUAUAUCAGAUCUCCAUCUCAGCAAACUUCAAUCAGGUCUAUUUCCAGCCAGUUUUCAGCGGCUUGAUCACACUGCUCCAGCGUCCAGAAUCUCUACUGGCCUCAUCAUUGGCAACCCCACCAUCCAUGAUAAUGUCUCUUGCUUGCUGACUAUUGGGAAUUCUUCGCAGAACACAAAGAAAUCCAAUGAAGGAAAGGCACCCCAGUUAGUGCUCUUUGGACAGCCGAUACUCACUGAGCAGCAGAUAUCUCUCAGCUGUUCUAGGGAUACAGUCAGUCCAUCUGAUGGGAAUCCAGACAAGACUGUGAACUUCUCAUCUGAUGGGGCUCUAGAAAGUUCAUCCUGUGAACGGUUUCCAUGGUACAAGGAUCGGCGGACAGGUGAGCUUGGUUUCGAGACAGGGCAUUGUAAGGUGUUCAUGGAAUCAGAGGAUGUGGGUCGAACCCUCGAUCUCUCAGUCCUUGGCUCAUAUGAAGAGCUAUACAGAAGGCUGGCAAGCAUGUUCGGCAUAGAAAGAUCAGAGAUGCUGAAUCAUGUGCUUUACCGAGAUGCAAAAGGUGCAGUUAAACACACUGGAGAUGAACCAUUCAGUGAGUUCACGAAAACAGCACGGAGGCUAACGAUUCUUGUGGAUUCGGGUGGCGACAACAUUGGAAGGCUAUUCCUACCAAUACACAUCAGUGUUUGAUAUGCAUACCCCAUCUUCUCCCUACCAACUUCUGAGAGCUCCAAAAUGGGGUAUGUAUAGUUUAUACUAUUUGUGUUAACCCAUGCAUGUCGGAUAUCAGAAUCCAUUGAACAAUUUGCAAACCUCUGUCACUUGACAUGGAUCAUCAGAUUACAGAAUGCCAAUUCAGGAACAAAUGAUUGCCAUCUACUUCGGCGCAGGUGUUAAUCUGUUUAUGCAGAGUUACGUGUCCAUUUGUUUCUAAGUGAAUGAGACUUUCAGUGCUUUUAUCUAUUUCCGCCGUUGUAACAAGUAGAAUUCUAUUUUCAGCUUCUGUUUAGGACUUUUUUCAUUUCAUAAGAAAUCUACUGAUCAAGCUCUUGAAAUCUAUGUACCUUGGAUCAUGCAGUGAUGUUUGUCUUGUAAGGUCAUGGUUGUCUGGGCUUUAUAGAACAGUAUGUUCUUCCUAUUACCAUCCUGCAAAGGAGGACUGGUUCUAACAACUGCAUUGAGAUCAUUGUCAAUCCGUCAAUCAAUAUGAACAUUUUUCUUUCUGCUGUUUUUUGUUUUUAA